CUUGCCGGUUAUCGUCUGAAGCUUGAAUUGUCAUCAUGAGCCAUAGCGUCAAGCAGAAUAAUUCACUCGCCGGAAAAUUUAAAGGCAACCAUCAUGGUAACCUCUCUCCAAGGAUUGCUGGUCUCAUUUCUGCCAUCCAACCUCAAGGUUUCAAGAAGGUCAAUCAUGAAAUCCCUAAGAAACCUAUUAUCGUCCAAAAAGCAUCCGAGAGCAAGGCGACCUCGGUCGUCAAGCACCACUCUUUUAGCCACGGAUCUGGCUACAGUCGAGUGCAAGUGAACUUCGGGAAAUACAACGAGCAGAAAAAGCAUGGCCUGCUCACUGCCAACGAAAAGGAAACCAUGCAAAAACUGAAUGACCGCUUGGCCUCUUACCUGGAGAAGGUCCGCUCGCUGGAGCAGGAGAAUGCCCGGCUGGAGAAGAAGAUCCGAGAGUGGUGCGACACACAUCGCCCACAGAUGUUGCCCGAUUUCAGCCAUUAUUUCGCAACCAUCGAAGAGCUCCAAACUAAGGUAUUGGUAGCAACCUCAGAGAACACGCGGAUCGCUCGCAGAGUUGAUAAUGCUCACCUGGCUGCAGGUGAUUUCCGAAACAAGUGUCAAAUGGAACAACGGCUGAGAAACGAUGUUGAAUUUGAUGUAAAGAACUUGCGCAGUGAACUCCAAGAUCUCCAAAUAGAAGUCCAGCUUCUGGACAACCAGAAUCAGAACUAUCAGCAAGAUUUGCUAAGCAUGAAGAAAAACAACGAGGAUAUGGUAAAUAGUCUACGGAGCCAGCUUGGGGCCAGAGUCACCGUGGAAGUGAAAGCACCUCCAUCGAUGGAUCUAAAUAAACUUUUGUCCGACAUUCGAGAACAAUAUGAAGAACUGAUGGAGAACAACAAAAUAGAAGCCGAGAAAUGGUUCAUCGAGAAGAGCGCUGAACUUAAAAAGCAGUCAGAUGGCUCGCCAGAAGAACUGCCGUCAUUGAAAAGUGAGAUGAUUGAACUGAAGCGGAUAGUCCAAACCAUGGAAAUAGACAAGCAGAGUCAACUAAGCAUGAAUUCAGCCCUGGAAAGCACCUUGACAGAGAAAGAAGCCAGUUACAGCUCCCAGCUGUCCCAGUUACAAGCCAUGAUUCACGAAGUGGAGGCUAAGCUUUCACAGAUAAGAGACAAGCAGAGGCAACAGGGCUACGACCAUGAGGUUCUAAUGGAUGUCACAAUGCAUCUGGAGAGAGAAAUCACCACUUACCGGCGCCUUCUCGAUGAACAGGACAUCCGUGUUCCAAGACCGUCCGUUCCAGGAGUAGAAGGUCAUUCAAAAAUAGUGAGAGUUCUCUCCAUCACUGAAGAGGUUGAAAGUCGAAAAAUCCUGACUCCACGAGACAAAUGCUAGGGAACGGAAAAUGGCCUACG